UAUUUUAAUCAUAAAUUCUGAGAAAAGUUUAGAGCUAUGAAAAGAAAUUCAAAGUCCGUGGUGUUUCACGCGUCAUUCCCUUUUUACUCCAUGUGUACCAUCGAAAAUGUACAACUGAUUACUCAAAAAUAGAAUAAACAAAGUUGUGAUUGUGUGUGUCAACAGGUCAAGUCACAGACAGAUGACAGUUACUACUACAAAUAUAGAGGCUAAAUCAUGGACUUAGCGUAACUAACAAGCCUAGCAGUGAUUAUCUUUUGGGUUUUAUUACGUUAUUUGUCAAGGAAGAAUAGAUUUCAACAUCAGUAAGAAAAAUAAAGCUGAAGUUUGACCGUUGUAUUGUUUAGUGAAUUAUAAAUUUUACUGGUUUGUUGAUUUGCUGAGCUGUGUUAGUUUAACGUUUUAGAAUGAUACGAGCUCUGUCAAUUUGCUCAUUGGGGCCUUCAAGAAUUGGUUUAACCUGUUGGUAUUCUGGAAUUUCCUCUUCAAUGGCGGCUGACAACAUUCCUGAAGCUAAAAGCAAAUUGAGGCUUGAAAUAAAGAAAAAAGUCAAAGAGUUAACAGAGGAGGACAAAAUCAAACAAACCUUCAUCAUUACAAAAAGGCUCAUAAAACAUCCAGAUUUUCAAAAUGCUGAACGUAUUGCAAUCUAUGUCAACAUGAAAAACGAAGUAGGCACUUAUGAUAUUUUAAAAGAGGCAUUUGCUGGAAAUAAGCAGGUGUUUAUUCCCUUAGUUGUGGGAGAGGACAUGAAAAUGGUGAAGCUCAACUCAUUUGAGGAUUUAAAGACAAUGCCUAAAACCAAGUGGGGAAUAAUACAACCCUUAGAGAGUGACAACAGAGAGGAUUGUCUGGUAACCGGAGGAGUGCAGUAUGUGGUGGUUCCAGGAGUUGCUUUCACUUCAACAGGCUUGAGGCUGGGGCAUGGCAGAGGCUAUUACGACAGAUUCUUGGCGAAGAAUGAUCAGAUACGAGGCUCCAGGUGCAUCACCGUAGGGUUGGGAUUCGAUGAGCAAAUAGUCCAAGAUUUGCCAACAACUGAGAGGGAUUUCCGGCUGACUUGGGUAGUCUCCCCAGGGAUGUGCUCUCUGACCAGCAAGUACGAGGAAGUACCUGAGCCACUUCCUCGGCCCCCAGAGCCAUUCCUCAUUUGAGUGAGGAAAGUUUGAGGAGUCAGAAGAUUAGAUAUUAAUAAUUCAAAGUGCAUCAGCCUGGAUCUGGUAGACUACAGUAAUAUGAAAGAGUAUUGUACCAAUGGAUGAAUGAAACGACCGAAAUAGUGAAGUACAAGUUUAUAGCUUAUUAUUAGGUUUUAUACUUUUAUUUAGAGAUGGGCCGAUUUAAAUUCUCAAUUUUAGAACAACAAAAUGUAAGGAUAUUAUUCAUUAAUGUUUUAUCUGCCAAGUGUUUAUGUUCAAUACACACUGAUUUUUAUUGUGGACUCUUAAUUUGUUUUGAGUUAUAAAUGUGAUUUGAGUGGUAAUUAAGCUUUUUAUGAAUACUACAUCCAUCUUGAAGAUUAACUCUCAUAUUUGUUACACAUUUAGAAGUUUUAAUAGUUAAUCUACUAUUACACAUAAAAUACGUUGGAGUACUACCUGAUUAUAAACAAUAUUAGUCUGUUACACUUUGUUGGAUUAAAUCUAUUUAUUUUAUUGAAAGAGACCACUCUCGUUCAAUCACAAUAUAUUUAUCAAACUUAAAUCCCCAGCUAAUAAUUAUUUAAUACCCUGUAGGAUGGGAACGCUUUAAUCUAGUUCGCCAGUUGCACACAGUGUGUUGUGUCUCACUGUGUUUUGGUCUCCUAGCUACACACUAUGAACACAGGACUAAGGUCACUAGCUGAAUUACUGAUUACUUCCUUCUUGAGUUGUAAAUAGUUAUGGCAUUUUUGCAACAGGUCAUUGUUUGCAACUAACUUUGAAGAUUGAUGAAGGCAAUCAGAACUGUAAUAUACGUGGCUCUAAUUCCAUCCAUCAUCUAGUUACUUGUUGCUGACAACUAUAGUUUCUAUAAUUCUUUGUUAAUGUUAUUAAUUUUUUAUAAUGUAUUCUCUCGGUACAAUACUUGUGUACUCUAAUGUAUUCAAAAUUGCUGUUUAACAAUUCAACAUGUUUAAAGCUAUGUCAACCUAUCCAUAACUAUAAUUUCAAAAAGUAGUUCUUAAUCAAUGCAACAGUGGUUUAAGAGUUUUACAGUAGAAGUGCAAGUUUUUGCAAUUGGUUUCUCCUGAUUGAUACAUUCUUAGGCAUUUAAAUUCUGCUAUUGUAAAUUCAUGACACAACAAGUCUGCUUUUAUAAGAUGGUAUUUAAUCGGUUACGUGGAUUCAAAUUGAGAAUAUAUACAGUAGGUAUUUGGUUUAUUUUGAACCUGUGUUUGUUAAUAAAUUUUUAAACCACUUUUAAAUUGCCUAAAAAUCAAGAUAAAUUAUAGAUAAAUUCAGUUUAGACUCGUAAUAGAGGACGGUAGGCAUAGUGGACCAAAUGCUUACUUAAACAAAAUUUUUAAAAUAAUGUAAAUUUACCAACUUUUUGUUUACAUUGGCCUAUCUCUAAAUCAUUAAACUUAUUACCUGAUGAUUGAGGUUGUUAUUGUGGGCAAUAGUUACUUAAUUUUCGUUAUAUAGUCUACGACUACAAUCUGUGAUGAUCUAAUUAUCAAUAUGUUUUUACUGUAAUGUUUCUACUCCUUAUAUUUAACGGAGACAAUAACACACUCACUAUAUUUCUAAGUGCAUACAUGUUUUUUUUUAUUUAUAUUCUCAGUGGAAUAUCUUUCCUAAAGUGGAAGAAUUUUAUAUUCCUAUUUAGUGUUCAUUAACUACUUUAAAAUUAAGGAAAUACAGUAGAAUGACAUAUAUUCCGUGUUUGAUAUAUAUUUUAAAUAUUUAUAGAAUACUUUUAGACAUUUAAAUACUAUAAUUUGUUAUAGUAAACUUUUUUAAUUUUACAUAAAAAAUAGAACUUCUGUGAUCAUAAACAGAAUUUCCAGUCAAUCUGUGUCAAGGAUUCCAGAUUGUUGUGAUGUAUACAAGAAAUGAUUUAUCAGUGAUGAGGAUUUACUUUUUUGGUCAGUUCUCUUUUUGACACUAGAUUGGAUGCCAGUUCUUGAAAUGUGAAAGUUAAUAUGAUAUGUAUUAUGUUUCAAACAACUCAUGCUUCUUACUUUUUGUUAUUUUAGUAUCCAUAUAGCUAGAAAUUUUUAUAUUCUUUAUCGACAUCGUUUCAAAUUUAAAUUUGAUAAUUAAAUAUUGAUUUUAAAUCUCAACCAAAGCAUCAAACCAAAUCACAAAAUCUUUUGUUAUUAAAACUUUGUAAUUUGUCACAAAUUAGCUAUAACUUAAAAUUAUACCUAAAUAUUGUUGCAUGCAUUACUUAAAAUAUAUAAACAAAUAAUACAAUUUGCACAUUUUGUACAGAAUGUGGCAUGCUAAAAUAAGGAAUAUAUAAUUUGUUAAAAGAAUACCUUUAUACUAAUUUGUACAAAUGUUUCAAUAUAUUUUGUUUCCUCUUCUAGGUGGACAUUCAAUAAAUCAAUGUUAGUACCAUUAUUUAAUUCCUCAUGACCAUAAUAAUAAUAAUGUUUUAUUGUCGUAUAAAAUUUUCAUUCAUUAACAAAGUCAUGUAUUGCAGCUUUAGAGCUAACAUUGUGUAUAAACUACCUACACAGAGAAUCAACCAAGAAACUAAGAAAUUUACGAAUUAGAUAGUAAAUUAGAAAGAUAGAAAACCAAGAUUAACUAAAUGAAGAAACAAACUUGUUAAAAGAAUUAAAAAUUAAAAAAUAAUAUGAAUUAAGUUAAAAAAAGUCUUUGCAAUUAUAUAAAAAUGAGUUUUAAGUAGCCAGUUAUAAAAUUUACCACAGAAAACAUUUUUAUAAUAACUAAAUCACGUAAUUUGUUAUACAUUUUCAGCAACACAAUAAUAUAUAGAGCUGAUUUGCUUAGUCUGCAAAAAUCAAUUGUAGUAAGCCCAUUCGUUUUACUCCUAGUUCUGUAAUUAUGUGUGGCAUUCUUAAUACUCAUUACUCAUAAAUAAUUUGAUGUUAUUAUCUGCCAGAACUUCCUGAAUGAAUCCUAACAUAAGGAAAUAUUUUAUUUAAAUAUUUUUAUAUUAUUAUGAAUCCACUUAAACAACAGCCUGAUACAUUUUCUAGACUUUCAGCUGUAUUGAAUUUCUUGUUUUUUAUAUCUUUUAUAUUUAGUACUAUGCUGUUGUCAUUCCAUUUUAUAGUGUGCCUACAAUGGCUUGUUUUUUAAUGUUCCAUUUUUAUAAUCACUAUAUUUGUUACAAAUGUUAUUACAGUUAUAACAUUAUUAUAUGAUUUGUUAAUUGUAACUCAAUAAAGAUUUUUUAUAAUCUUGGUAAA